UUGCUCAUGAGCUCGACUGAGUUACCUCACUUUCUCUUUCCACUCUGCCCCUCAAAGAUCACUUUGACUCCGAUCGCUCUUCCCUUCCGUGUCGCUGGCAGCAAACCUCCUCUUAUUACAGAUUUUGUUUCGUAUCUCAUUUGGGUAUUGCGUGAUUAUGGCUUCUAUUUCGAUAUUUAUUUACCUGAACACCAUAUCCAUGACCUUAAUGGCUAACACGGUUUGAUCUUAUCAUUUUCCUCCUAAUUGCUCUUUCUUUGAUCAUCCAGGUUGUUGCUGGCAUACGUUUCCUAUGUGAUAAUAUUUUUUGGCGGUGGCGACUGCAAUAACAUGACAUCUUGGUCCAGUUUUGUUUUCAUCUUAUUUGAUUAACUCUUGAGGCUUCUGUUUUCCCGCCCUAUUCCUUUCUUUUCUUUUCUUUCUGCUUAAACUCAUCUCUCCUGUUACUCAAGCAAGCCAAGAUUUACCUGUGAUAGGCAAUCUUCUGUGCUUGUUCUUUCUAAUGGACUCUUUUUCCAAGUUGUCGGGUAUACAACAUGAUGUCUUCAUCAGCUUCAGGGGCACAGACACACGUCAUGGUUUCCUUAGCCAUUUGAGAAAGGAACUGCGGCAGAAGCAAAUUGAUGCCUACGUAGAUGACAGACCUGAAAGUGGAGAUCAAAUAUCACCGGCGCUUUUAAGGGCCAUUAAAGAAUCACUCAUUUCAUUGAUCAUAUUUUCAAAGGACUAUGCUUCUUCAAAGUGGUGCUUAGAAGAACUUGUGCAGAUUAUUGAAUGUAUGGAGAAGCAAAAACAGAUUGUAAUUCCCGUUUUCUAUAACACAGACCCCUCAAAUGUGAGACAUCAGAAAGGAUCUUAUGGAGAUGCUUUAUCGAAACAUGGCGAAUAUUAUGAGGAAAGGGUGCCAAUUUGGAGAUCAGCUUUGAAAGAGGCUGCUAAUUUAUCUGGGUUUCAUUCAUCAAAUUAUGAGGAUGAGGCUGAGCUUAUAGAAGAAAUUGCCAAAUCUUUGUCAACAAAGUUGAAUAUUUUGUACCGAGGUGACUUAACAGAUCUUGUUGGAAUUGAUGAAAGAAUUGCAGAAUUAGAAUCACUGAUGGAUGAAGGGUCAAAAGAUGUCCGUGUCAUUGGAAUUUGGGGUAUGGGCGGUAUCGGUAAGACAACCAUCGCAGCUGCAAUAUUCUAUCGAUCUUGUUUUGAAUACGAAGGGCAUUGUUUUUUGGCAAACGUGAGAGAAGAAGCUGAAAAUCAUGGCAUUAUUUAUUUGAAGAAUAAAAUGCUUUCUUCACUACUGAAGGAAAAUGAUUUACAAAUUGGCACCCCAUAUCUCAUGCCCCCUUUCGUUAGGAGAAGGCUUCUUCGAAAAAGGAUUCUGGUUGUUCUUGAUGAUAUUAGUGAUUCAGAUCACCUUGAAAAUUUAGUAGGAGCACUUGAUUGCUUUGGAUCUGGUAGUAGAGUCUUAAUAACUACUAGAGAUAAACAAGUACUUGCUAAAAGAGCUGAUGAAAUAUACGAGGUUAAGCCAUUGAUGUUUGAUGAUGCUGCUCAACUUUUUAUGUUGAAUGCCUUUGAGAAUAAUUACGUAGACAUUGAGUGGAUUAAAUUAUCAAGGAAGGUGAUUAGUUAUGCUAAAGGAAUUCCAUUGGCUUUGAAAGUUUUGGGCUCCUUUCUUUAUGGCAAAAGCAAGGAAGAAUGGGAAAGCCAACUUGAGAAGCUAAACAAAAUGCCACAUGCGAAAAUUCAAGAUGUGAUGAGAUUGAGUUAUGAUCAACUAGAUAGGGAAGAGAAGAACAUUUUCUUAUAUAUUGCUUGUUUUUUGAAAGGAUAUGAAUCACAACAAAUAAUACUUCUGUUAAAUGCCUGUGGUUUCUCAACAAUUAUUGGAUUGAGGGUCCUCCGAGACAGAGCUCUCAUAACUGAAGUUAAAGAAUCAGCUAUCAGAAAAUCAAGAAUAUUUAUGCAUGAUUUAAUACAAGAAAUGGGUUGGGAAAUUGUUCGAGAAGAAUCAAUUGAUAAUCCUGGGAACCGUAGUCGACUAUGGGAUGCUAAUGACAUAUAUCAUGUAUUAAAACAUAACAUGGGGACUGAAGCCAUUCAAAGCAUAACUCUGAAUGUGGCAAAAAUUGAAGAUCUGCAGUUAAGUCCAAAAACUUUGUCCUCAAUGGACAAUCUGAAAUUUCUCAAUUUUUAUAAAGGUGCUUUUGAAAAGGGGAAUUUACAUCUUCCCAGUGGUCUUGAAUUUUUGUCGAAUCAGCUCAGACUUUUGCGUUGGGAUGACUACCCUUCCAAGUCAUUGCCGGCAACAUUUUCGGCUGAAAACAUUGUUACUAUGAAAAUGUACAAUAGCAAACUUACAAAACUUUGGGAUGGUGUCCAGAACCUCGUGAAUUUAAGGGAGAUUCAACUUGCUGAAUCAGAGUACCUGAUUGAGCUUCCUGAUUUUUCAGAGGCUAAGCUUCUUAAAAAUGUCAAUCUUAGCUAUUGUACAAGGUUGCGUAGUGUUCAUCCUUCUGUUUUAACUCUCCCCAAUCUCAACCAAUUGAGGCUUGUAGAUUGCAAAGCCCUUACUAGCCUUACAAGCAGUGCCCCUCUAAAAUCACUUACAUUUCUCGUGCUCAGUGGAUGUUCGAGACUCCGAGAGUUUUCAGUAACAUCAGAGAAAAGGUUAGAACUGUUUCUUUCAAACACAGCCAUCAAUGAUGAACUGUGGUCAUCAAGUGGACGCCUUGGCAACAUUGAAGAAUUGAGUGUAGAUGGCUGCCAAAGUCUCACAAAUCUCCCCUACAAGUUAGUUGACCUUAGUGGUCUUCGUUCUCUUAGUAUUUCUGGUUGCAACAAGUUAGCAUCAAAUCUGCAUUUCCUAUUAAAUAAGUUACGCAGUUUGAAAAAUUUGUCACUGAAUAAUUGUAGCAGCUUAUUUGAACUGCCCGAGAACAUUAGUUUCUUGUCAUCGUUACGUGAGUUGUCACUCACAGGGUCAACUAAUCUGACAACACUGCCUGCUAGCAUCAAGCAUCUUUUGAGGCUACAAUGUCUUAGGUUGGACGAAUGCAAAAGGCUUCAAUCCCUGCCAGAACUUCCACCCUCUAUUGCACACUUGUUUGCAAGGGACUGCACUUCCCUCGAGACCCUAAAGUUAACUUCAAUGCCUACAGUCUCAUUGGAAGAUGAAGUAUGCUUUCACUUUGGAAAUUGCAUGAAAUUGGAUCGGCAAUCAAUUAAAGCUAUUGAGGCAAAAGCGCUGCUUGAGAUGGAUAAAUUAGUAUCAGCUGUUGAAACAGGCACUGCUUGGACUAUGCAGGCUCAACUUGUAUAUCCAGGAAGCAAAGUUCCAGAAUGGUUCAUGUACAGGUCAACACAGUCUUCCAUCACUGUGGAUCUCUUCUCCAUUCCACGACCUAAGGAUUGGAGUUUUAUAUUCUGUGCAGUUGUUUCUCACUCUGAAUCCUUCGUUUACUUUGAAACUGAGUGGUAUUUUAGUGAUGGCCAACAGGUUUUGGAUGAGAUUAUGUAUUACUUUUGCAAACAUAUUGGCAUCAUUCAGUCAGAUCAUGUCUGUCUCUGGUAUAUCUCAGAGCUUCCUUCACAGGUGCAAAGGAUAAUUGAAGAGAAGAAUACUGAUCAGAGCACCACUGGUCAUGAAUCAGUUGAAAUAAAAUUCAUUGUUAAAACUCCUAGUCCAGUUCCAGUUUUGGAUGUCAAGGGGUGUGGGGUAUGCCCAACGGGUGCAUCAGGAUAUCGAAAUUAUAUUCAACAAAUGGAAUCGGUGUUACAGUCACAACCCAAUUCAUUGGGAAUCAAAGGAGGUUGCUCCUGUGACAACACUAAUGACAAAGAAGUGGUUCCUAGGAAGUCCAAGGAUUUUAUCUUCCCAAGCCCACCAACUGGGGCGUCGAAGAAUAGAACACGUGGCUUGAAAGAUAUUAUGUUUUUAUGAUAUUAAGUUCAGAUUUCCUUUUUCUUGGUGGAUUGAAGCAAAAAUUCAGGUGAUUUGUUUUUCCUCUAUUUUCCUUGACAUUCAAAAUGAGCUUAUCCUCGUGUUGUGCUCCCUAUCUGUUAUUAGUUUGAUAGGUUUUAUGGAGAUUGAGUCUUUGUAAAAUCCAGUUGAUGGAAAUGCACAGAUUGGGCAGGUUAAAUUGCGUAUUUAAGCUUUCCUUUUA